AUAUUUAUUUUUUUAUAAGUCGGUAAAUCAAAAUGGUCUGCGGAGACGCAAGAACUAGGGCUGCGGCGGUCGGAGUAAUUGCAAUACUAAUCGCAAUUGUCAAUUUAAUUUUGCAACUUAUUAAUAGAGAGAUCGAAAGAAACUGGUACUUCUACCUUCGAAUGGGGAUCUGGAUUCUGAUUGGUCUAACCGCCGUUGCUCUGCUGAUUGGGAUCUAUUAUGAAAAUAGUUUUAUUGUGAUGGUAUGGCUAAUUGUGGCUUCUGUGAACGGAGUCAUUUUGUCCAUUUUCUACAACAUAACUCUAGCGCACUUGAUUGAGGAUAUCGAAAUUAUUGUGGUUUCGAUUUAUUUUAUCAUUCACAUCGUUUUUUUUGUGUGUUGUGUUUGGUUUCCAUAUAAAUACUAUAGCACGAUCUCUAACUCUGAUCCUUACUAGACCGCGGCCAUUACAUAGUGAAUGUGAUAAGGACUCGUACUUUAUAAUAGGUACAAAAAUUGUUGAUUUUCGAACUUAAUAAAUCUUGAAGUUGGCGCACCGAA